GUACUCCAUAGCUGAGCGCCGCUGGACACAGAUGCUGGCCGGAACGGAGGACCGCGGCCCAGUCAAGACAGACAGUUCGCACCAAAGAACCUGGGUCCCUGGGCCCGUGGAGCAAACAAGCCGGCACCCAGGGCCGGGUCUCCGGUUCUUCUUGGCCGUCUUGGGUGAAGAUGAUCUCAGCCGAACAAGUGGUAAUCUACGUGAUGAAGACAAUGCGGUGCCGCAGUGCAAGUGGUGCACCAACUGCCCCGAGGGCGCCUGCAUCGGCAGCGCGGGCAGCUGCACCUCCGAGAACGACUGCCGCAUCAACCAGCGGGAGAUCUUCGUGGCCAGCAACUGCUCCGAGAUCUCCUGCGAGGCCUCCGACUGCGCCAAGUGCACCGCCUCCGGGAAGUGCAUGUGGACGCGACAGUUCAAGCGCACCGCCUGUGAUCGCAUUGGCCUUUUCCGCUGCUGCAUUGCUCUCUUGGCUGAUGUUCAGCUUGUGGUUUCCUUCCUUCCUCCCUCCCUCAGGUGCCUCCCGGGGGACUUCUCCGGCCUGAGCGGCUUCCCGAACUGCUCGGCGGCCCUGCUGGCCUUGCUCUCGUUCCCGGCGUCCCUCCCGGCCCGGUGGUCCUACGGCCAGUGCCCGGACGUGGACGAGUGCCGCCUGGGCCUGGCCAACUGCCACCCCUUCGCCAGCUGCAGGAACACCCCCGACGCCUUCGAGUGCCACUGCAACCGCGGAUACGCCGGGGACGGGGUGGCCGAGUGCAACCAGACCUGCUACGACGAAUGCGCGCACGGGGAGUGCAGCGGGUCCCCCAACUUCACCUGCCUCUGCGACCUGGGCUGGACCACCGAGGCCGUCACGGGGGCCACGCCAGCGCCCUCCGGGGUCCAGUGCAACGUGGACUGCGGGUGCCACUUCCACAGCCGAUGCGAGGCGCACGGGCCCGGCGUUUGCGACCAGUGCAUGAACUGGACGCAGGGGGAGCGGUGCGAGCUGUGCCGCCCGGGCAGCUUUGGCAACGGCUCGGACCCCGGGGGCUGCCAGGAGUGCGCCUGCAACGGCCACGGGCUGGAGGAGAUGGGCUUCUGCCACGGGGAGAGCGGGGCCUGCUUCUGCGCCGCCCCCACCGAGGGGCCACACUGCGAGCGCUGCGCACCGGGGUACUACGGGGAUCCCAGGGACGGCGGGGUGUGCUACCAGCAGUGCCAGGGACGCUCCUUGCUGGCCAACCUCUCUUCUUCCUCCUCCUCCUCCUCGUUGCCUUCCUCGCUGAGCUCCCAACGGGCGGGGGGCCCGCCUGGGCCGGGGUCGCUCUCCUACUGUGUCUGGGUCCUCUCCGCCGGGGACGGGAUGCGCCCCUGCCCCGCUGACCAGCCCUGCCCCACCAUCGCCCUCGCCAUCCGACCGGACACGCUCUGCACGAGCAACUAUGUCUACGUCUUUGAUGGCCUGCCGGACUUCUUGGACACGGGGCUGAUCCAGCUGGACCGGACACUGAUCGGGGCCUUCUGCGGACAAGGCCAGGACCGGCCAGCCACCGUGGAGGCCAUCUCAGGGUUGCUGGUCAUCUACUACGAGGCCAACUCGAGCGAGGCCUCGGGCUUCAACGCCACCUUCACGGUGCACCACUGCCGGCCCAGCUGCCAGCCCAACCAGGAGUGCCGCGAGGGACGCUGCCUCUGCCGGGCCAGCUAUUCGGGGCCCAGCUGCCAGGAACAGACCUGCCCGGGGAACUGCACCGCCCACGCCGGGCAAGGGACUUGCAACCGGAGCCUCGGCCUCUGUGUCUGCAAUGAACCCUUUGCCGGAGUGGACUGCUCCAUCCCUCUGGACGCCAGGAAGAUUGUCUGGGAGACCCUGAUUGACACCCAACUGACCGCAGACACGGCCAGCCGCUUCCUGCACCGCUUGGGCCAUACGAUGGUGGAGGGUCCGGACGGCACGCUCUGGAUGUUUGGGGGCAUGUCCUUGCGGGAGGGCAUGCUGGGCAACGUCUACAGGUACUCCAUAGCUGAGCGCCGCUGGACACAGAUGCUGGCCGGAACGGAGGACCGCGGCCCAGGCCCCAACCCCAGAUACUUCCACGCAGCUGCUUACAUCCCCUCUGCCAAAGCCAUGUACCUCCUUGGGGGACUGACCGCUGACGGAGUGGCCAGUGACUUUUGGCUGCUCAACCUCACCACCCUGCAAUGGAGGCUCAUGCAGGAUCCGUCCAUUCCGGCCGUGGCCGGACACACGCUGACGGCACGGCGCGGCUCCUCCCUGCUGCUCAUCGGAGGAUAUUCUCCGGAGAAUGGCUUCAACAAGAAGCUCCUCGAGUAUGACGUCCAGUCGGAGGGGUGGCGUUCUGGGAACCAGGCUGGGACUCCCCCCACCGGGUUGUAUGGACACUCGGCCGUUUACCACGAGGGCACGGAUGCCAUAUACGUCUUUGGUGGCCACCGCUUUCAUGUUGAGAUGGUUUCCGCCUCCGCCGAGCUCUACAGCCUUUACUACCCCAACUUGACGUGGAGUUUGCUGGCUCCGUCGCAAGGCCCAAAGCCCCUGGCGCACUUUUUCCACGUGGCGGCCGUCCUGAAGGACACCAUGGUGGUGAUCGGAGGGCGCACGGAGCACGAGAACUUCACCAACCACCUCUUCUUCUACCAGCUGAACUGCAACACCUGGAUCCUCCCCAACAGCACAGCGGGGGCCGUGGUGGGGGAGCCGCUGAGGGCCUCCAUUGCGCACGCGGUGGCCUCGGUGGGGGGCCGCCUCUUCCUCUCGGGGGGCUUUGACGGGGUGGCGCUGGGCCGCAUGCUCUCCCUCUCGCUGCCCGCCGACCCCUGCCUGGUCUUCCCCUCGCGCCAGGCCUGCAACGCCUCCAGCGCCUCCUGCGCAUGGUGCCACGGGGGGUGCCUCUCCGCUGACGCCGCCGAAAGGCAGGGCUGUUCCUUGGGGGGCUCCUCUUGCUUCCCGACCCCGCGCUCCGCGGACGAGUGCCGCCGCCUCAAGACCUGCAGCGAGUGCCUUUCCCAGCAUCCCCGGGCCAUGGCCCACAGCCUGGGCAUCCCGGCGGUGCCGCAGUGCAAGUGGUGCACCAACUGCCCCGAGGGCGCCUGCAUCGGCAGCGCGGGCAGCUGCACCUCCGAGAACGACUGCCGCAUCAACCAGCGGGAGAUCUUCGUGGCCAGCAACUGCUCCGAGAUCUCCUGCGAGGCCUCCGACUGCGCCAAGUGCACCGCCUCCGGGAAGUGCAUGUGGACGCGACAGUUCAAGCGCACCGGGGAGACGCGGCGCAUCCUGAGCGUGCAGCCCACCUACGAUUGGACGUGCUUCAGCCACUCGCUCCUGAAUGUCUCCCCGAUGCCCGUGGAGUCCUCCCCGCCCUUGGCCUGCCCCACGCCCUGCCACAACCACAGCACGUGCGCAGAGUGCCUCAGCUCCAAGGGGGCCGACGGCGGGUGGCAGCAGUGCGUCUGGAGCGUCUCCUUGCAGCAGUGCAUGAGUCCCACAUACCUGCCCAUGCGCUGCGCGGCCGGGAUGUGUGGCCGGGUGCUGAGCGGCUCCGAGAGCUGUGCGCCGUCCUGUGCGCGGUUCCAGCAGUGCGCCCUUUGCAUCCAGCAGCCGCGGUGCGGGUGGUGCGGCCUCCGCGGGGAGAACGGCAAGGGGCGCUGCAUGGAAGGCGGGCGCAGCGGACCCAGGCAAGGGCUGGCGGAGUCCUGCGGGCCGAAGGCGGACUGGGCGUUCAUGUCCUGCGCUCCGGAGAACGAGUGCUUGAACGGCCACCACGACUGCAACGAGACGCAGAACUGCAGCGACCUGCCGCAAGGCUAUCAGUGCACCUGCAAGAACGGAUACACGCUGGACAACGUGACGGGGCUGUGCAGGCCGGUGUGUGAGCAGGGCUGCGUGAACGGGACGUGCGCGGAGCCCAACGCCUGCCACUGCCACUUUGGCUACGUGGGGCGCAACUGCUCCGUGGAGUGCCACUGCAACAAGCACAGCAACUGCCUGGGAGUGGAGGCCCAGGACCAGUGCCUCCAGUGCUACAACAACACCAUGGGCCAGCACUGCGAGAAAUGCCAGCCGCUCUUUGUGGGCUCGGCACUGAGCGGAGGCACCUGCCGUCCCUGCCACGCCUUUUGCCGCGGAAACAGCAACCUGUGCAUCACCCGCGAGGAGUACGAGCGCGCUAGGCGCGACCCAGUCCGCUUCCCGCUGGACCCCGCCUUGAUCCCCAAAUGGGUGUCGGAAGGGCCGGCGGAGGACACGGCGGUCUGCGUGAACUGCCAGAACAACAGCUUUGGGGAGAAGUGCGAGAGCUGCCUCCACGGCUUCUUCCUGUUGGAGGGGAAGUGCACCAAGUGCCAAUGCAACGGCCACGCAGACUCCUGCAACGAGCUGGACGGGACGGGCUGCCCCUGCCAGAACAACACGGAGACCGGAGGAUGCCAGAACAGCGCCCAGGCGGACAAGAAGGACUGCUACAAGCAGCAGUGCGCCAAGUGCCGUGAGUUCUUCCACGGGAACCCGGUGGGCGGCCACCAGUGCUACCGGCUGAUCAUCGUGGACCAGGAGAGCUGCUUUGACCCCACUUCGCAGCUGAACUGCUUCCACGAGCCCAACAUCAAGAACCUGCCCUUGGGCCGCACGGUCUUCUUCGGCGUCCAGCCCAAGUUCACCAACGUGGACAUCCGCAUCACCAUCGACGUCACCUUUGGCGGCGUGGACGUCUACAUCUCCACCUCCUACGAGACCUUUGUGGUGGACGUGGACCGGGCCACGGGCAUCCACUCCGUGCGCGUGGUCUCCCCGGUGGAGGAGGCGGCCGGCCGGUCGUCGUCGUCGCAGAACGGGAGCCAACCACUGCCACCAGUGCGCGAGGCGUGGACACACGGCCUGAUCACGUACAUCACGGUGCGGGAGCAGCAGGCGGUGCUGGCGGUGCGGGGCGUGCGGGACCGCGUGGUCAUCACCUACCCGCACGAGAUCCACGCCCUGAAGUCCAGCCGCUUCUACGUGGUGCUGGUGGGCGUGGGCGGGCCCGGGGGCAACGCCACGGAGUCGCAGGGGCUGCUCUUCUUCCGCCAGGACCAGGCCCACAUCGACCUCUUCGUCUUCUUCUCUGUCUUCUUCUCCUGCUUCUUCCUCUUCCUCUCCGUCUGCGUCCUGCUCUGGAAGGUCAAGCAGUUCCUGGACCUGCGCCACGAGCAGCGCCGCCACCUGCAGGAGAUGACCAAGAUGGCCAGCCGCCCCUUCGCCAAAGUCACCGUCUACUUCGAGCCGGACGCUUCGGGCACCGCGGGCGCGGCGCUUCUACCGCCCAACGCCGAGCUGGUCUUCCUCCCAGCGCGGACGCACAAGCACCCGGCUCUGGCCGCCGCCGCCCCGCCACUGCCCAGCCGCCUGAAGCCGUUCCACGAAGCGCCCUACCCGGUGGCCCACUUCCGCCGCUCGGAGCCCUUCCUCUCCCACCUGAUGGGCUACUCCUACUCCAGCUUCCGAGUGGGGCCCAUCACCCUGGAGCCCACCGACGACGGCAUGGCCGGCGUGGCCACCGUCCUCUUCCAGCUACCAGGAGGCAUGCAGGCCCCCAACCGCGCAUGCCUGGGCUCGGCCCUGGUCACCCUGCGACACAACCUCCAGGACUAUUGCAGCAGCAGCCACGGGGCAAGCAGCUCCCGCAAGGGCCUCCUCAGCCACGAGAACCUCACCAGCAUGUCCCUAUGAGG